AUGGCUUCCCGUAACCAGAACCGUCCUCCUCGCAGCUCCUCUAACAAAAAGGUGGGUGCCGAAGAAGUGCUCUCAGACAGGGGUCGAAGGAUUGGAGCUGGGAGUGCUAGAGCGCCGCUUUCUUCUGUGAACAAUCAGUCAGAUGAUGCGGUGGCGAGUGACGUUGCGGAAUGUAGUACUGUUGAGUUCACAAAAGAGGAUGUAGAGACAUUGCUGAAUGAGAAGAUGAAAAAGGGGAAUCCUUAUGAUAAUAAGAAAAAAAUGGACCAGAUGGUGGAUCUUAUUAAACGGCUUAAGCUCUGUGUUAGAUGGUUUAAAAAAGUUGAAGAAGAUAAUGUUCAAGAAAAAGAAAAGCUUCAGUCUGAACUGGAGUCUGCUGAGAAGAAGUGCAGUGAUACUGAGACUGAGAUGAAAAAUAAGAUUGAGGUGUUGAAUGAGACUAUAGCUGAUUUGAGGAAGACAAUUUCUUCUUUAGAAGAGAGAAUUGCGAAUGAAGAAUCAGAUAAAUUGGAAGCAAUUAAUUGUUAUAGAAAAGAAAAGGAAGCCAGAAGCGCAGCUGAGAAAGUCCGGGAUGAGAAAUCAGCUGAGCUUGAGAAAGUUCGAGAUGAGAAAUCAGCUAUUGAGCAGAAGGCCAUUUCAAAUGAGGGCGAGUACAAGCGAUCACAAGAGUAUAAUAUGAGCCUGCAGCAGUACAACAGUCGUCUUCAGUCAGAUCUUGAAACAGCUAAUGAGGCACAUAAACGACUCGAAACAGAGAAAGCAACCAUUGUUGAGAGUCUUGGUAAUGUUAGAGUUCACAAUAAGGCAUUGCAGGAUCAGAUAGUAUCUCUUAAAGUCUCACAGGAUGAGGCUAUAAAGCAGAAAGAUAUGUUAGCAAAUGAACUAAAAUGCCUCCGUCAAGAAUUAAAACAAAUUAGAGAUGAUCGUGAUCACCAACAAGGGCAAGUAAAUGCUUUAACUGGAGAAAUAGAAAAGUACAGAGAAUAUACGGUGAAAUCAUGUGCUCAAUUGGAUACCUUGAUGAUUAAAACAAAUGCUCUUGAGGAGACUUGUUCUUCUCAAAAGGAGCAAAUAUAUAUACUCCAGCAGCAGUUGACUUCUGAAAAGGAGAAAUUAAAGAUGGUUGAUUUAUCUGCUUCAGAAACAAGAAAAGUAUUUGAAGAGCAGAAAAGAAUUAUACAUGAACUACAGGAUCGACUGGCAGAUAAAGAAUUUCAGGUUGUUGAAGGAGAAAAGCUAAGGAAAAAAUUGCACAAUACUAUCCUGGAGCUAAAAGGAAAUAUUCGUGUGUUUUGCCGCGUGCGACCUUUACUACCGGAGGAUGGUGUGGGAACUGACAUGGUUGUUUCUUACCCUACAUCAACAGAAGCGAUUGGCCGGGGCAUUGAAUUGGUACAAAGUGGGCAGAAGUAUUCUUUUACAUUUGACAAGGUGUUUAAUCAUGAGGCUUCUCAGCAUGAUGUUUUCAUCGAGAUAUCACAGCUGGUACAAAGUGCACUUGAUGGCUACAAGGUGUGCAUCUUUGCUUAUGGGCAGACGGGUUCAGGAAAAACAUAUACAAUGAUGGGUAGGCCUGAUGCCCUAGAUCUGAAAGGGUUGAUACCACGUUCUUUAGAACAAAUAUUCCAGACUAGUCAGACCCUGAAAGACCAGGGGUGGAAAUACAAAAUGCAGGCAUCAAUACUGGAAAUAUAUAAUGAGACCAUUCGGGAUUUGUUAUCAUCAAAUCGGUCAAGUGGGAUUGACCAGAUGCGAACAGAAAAUAGUGUUCCUAGCAAGCAGUACACUAUUAAACAUGAUGCAAAUGGAAACACACAUGUUUCCGACCUCACAAUUUUAGAUGUUAGUAGCGUGAAUGAGAUUUCCUCCCUCCUGCAACAGGCUGCGCAAAGCCGGUCUGUGGGAAAAACACAGAUGAAUGAACAGUCAUCAAGAAGCCACUUUGUCUUUACUUUGCGUAUAUGUGGGAUAAAUGAGAACACUGAACAACAAGUUCAAGGUGUCAUAAACCUGAUUGAUCUGGCUGGAAGUGAAAGAUUGUCAAGGAGUGGGGCAACUGGGGACAGGUUGAAGGAAACUCAGGCUAUCAACAAAAGUCUCUCCUCUUUGAGUGAUGUCAUAUUUGCUUUGGCAAAGAAAGAGGAGCAUGUUCCUUUUAGGAAUUCAAAGCUGACAUACCUUCUCCAGCCAUGUCUUGGUGGGGAUUCGAAGACGUUGAUGUUCGCUAACAUCUCGCCUGAUCAAUCUUCAACGGGUGAGUCACUUUGCUCUCUCCGCUUUGCGGCCAGAGUCAAUGCCUGUGAAAUUGGAAUUCCGCGGCGUCAGACUCAGACAUCCACACGGUCCUUAGAUUCUCGAUUGAGCUGUGGUUAAAGGAGAGGUUUGCCUCCACACACGCAUCAUCAUUGACAAAAAAUAAUUGUUCUUUCCUGCUUUAGCGGUAGAGAAAAAUGUAUUCUGUAUGCUGCUGUGGUAAUUGUAAGAGUGUAAAAUUUUAGAGAAUCGAGCUUGUGUAAAUUGGUUGGAGAGGCUUGGCUUUAGCCUCCAAAGAUACUACUGAUAAUUUGUACCA